GAGAUCACCACGAACAAUGCUUAAGUUCCAGGUCCAUUCACCGGGCAAAGUCAUCCUCCAUGGCGAACACGCAGUGGUCUAUCAACGACCCGCCCUAGCUGCCGUUGUCGGCUUGGGAACUACUCUGAGAUUCCGGCAAUUGGAUGGAAGCCUUGUGGCUAGUUUUCAACUAGAGGCACUCAAUUGUACCCUGGAGAUCCAACUGCCAGAGUUUAAUAACUUCCUUACUGAAUUUAGGAGCAAAUAUCCCUCAGACAGCACUGCCAAUCUUCUUGAAGCAGUCCGGGCAGAGGUUUCCAAACAGCUAGAACGCUCGGGAGGCAAUGCACCAAAACAGCACACCCAGCGGGCCUUUGUCUCCAUCUAUUAUUUGCUAGCCGGCGCUGUACUCUCCUCACCCGGCGAUCCAAAACUGACACUGCAAACCGGUUUCCAGGUGCAGGUAGAGAGCCAGUUGAACGUGGGCGCAGGUUUGGGCAGUUCCGCCUCUUUUGGUGCUGCUUUAGCAACGACAUUUUUAAUUUUGGCCGGACACUUUGAUAAAGACAAUUACUUGAAAGAGGAAAACCAGGCUUUGAUCUCGAACUGGGCAUUUGAAUCAGAGCGGGUUAACCAUGGCACGCCUUCGGGUCUGGACAACACAGUGUGCACUUACGGUGGAAUGUUGCGUUAUGUCAAAGGGCAGGGCUUCCAAUCGCUGAAGAUACAGAAACCUUUAAACAUUCUGCUAGUGGACAGCCGUGUAAGUCGCAGCACCGCAGACAUCGUCGCGAAGGUUCGCCAUUUAGGCGAGGCCUUCCCACAGCUAAUUGAGGCCAUUUGGCAGGCCUGUGAAGAGUUGGUUGCCGCCGCUGUUCCGCUGUACGAGAGUUUUGGUAAUGCCCAGGACGAUAGCGCUAAGUUCGAGCAGCUGGAGCGACUGUUCCAGAUCAACAAUGAUUUACUGAAAGCUAUAGGAGUUUCGCAUCCGAAGCUGGAACAGAUCUUUACUAUCGCUUUCAAAAGGGGAUUUUUCUCAAAGCUGACGGGCGCCGGUGCCGGUGGAUAUGUUAUAGUUUUACUACCUGAAAACUUCGAGUGCAACGAGGUCUACUGGAAGCUUAAGGAGGAACUUGAAUCAGCAGGCUUCGGUGUCCAUGUGACGACUGCUGGAGGCGAGGGUUUGCGCGUUAGUUCGUUAGAUGACUGAUGCGGUCUCGUUUUGUUUUGCUAUUGUAUGUAUUCCUGGUUUUGUUAUAACUUAAAAAUAAAGAUUUAUACAUGUA